ACGAGAUGUCCUCCGCGGUGGACUUGUCCGGGAAAGUUUCGCGUCUCUCUCGUUCUACAACAAGCGUCCAGGUGAACAACAGUUAUCCGCGCAUCGUCGUCGACAUGCACGUCGCGACGUCGAUUCGUCAUCGUUGGAUCGCACCGAUAAUUCGGUAAGAGGACGAAGGGGCGGGGAGGGGGAAGAAGAGCGUGCGAAACUCAAGAGCGAGCCGACUCUCGGAGGCGGCGCGCCCGAGAAUCAUAACGCGUCCUUGCGACAAAGCCGGAUUGUGAAAGCUGCCACGGCGCCACCCGAUCCGAUGCGAUCACGUGGCAUCUCCAUUCGUGUUUACUCUCGUUCGUUCGAUCUCGUGUGCGCGCGCGAUCGCGGGUGCUGAAUUGACGAACAGUGCGACAACGAGACGUCGGCGCGUUCAUCUCGCGUGAUCGGGAUGUGAUGCACGUCCACAUCUCCUCUAUUUAUGGAUCCCGCAUGUCCACGUUGAGGAGACAGAGAGACGGUGAGGCUGUCAUCGAAUCCACAAGCGCGGCAAUAAAAAUAAAAUAAUGCAAGUUAGCAGCGAAGAUACGGGAAAAUAUAGAACGCAAGCUCUCGAAAGUUAGUUGAAGAUCAUUUCUAUGAAGCGAUACAUUUCGGAAUUUAUGAAUGCUACUGUACAAUAUCCCAUGGCGCUCUUACGGUGAAAGAUAGAAGAAGGAUCUCUCCUUGGAUACGUGGAUAUCUUAUUUCUAUAUUAACACGUCAUCAUCCCGGUCCGAGGGGACGUCCCGAGGGUCCACGGGGGUGAUGCUCUUGGCGAGCGCAAGUGAGGAGUCCCGGGCGGCCUUUUCUCCCUUCGUGCCCGUCAAGGGAGGAGGAGAGGGACUGGAUCGGUCCCAGGUCCAUCAGCGGUUACAGCUGCAGCCGAGGAAGCGGCGGCCAGCGGGGGGAAGCGCCUCGUGGUGCACGGCGGUGCUCCUCUAACGGCGGCUAGGAGGGAGUUAUGGUGUCUCGCGCAUGCAAUGACUGUGGCCGCCGCAGCUGUGACACUGUGGCAUCGUGCCCACCUCUACAAGGCGCUCGCCUGCGUCGUCCUCGCCCUAAUCGCCGUCCAGUAUCUGCUUAGCGUGCUAGAUCGUCGCUCCAUCGAGACCAUUUUCACGAUCAACGCGACCAGAUACGCGGAUCGCUCGUACAGGACUCAUCCGCGCGGCCUGAUCAUAUACGGCCCAGCAACUGCGGUGCCGAAUUUAAUCGGGGGUGGCAAUGUGUCCUCGACAACGAUACUCUCGAUACUGGCCAAGGGCCUGUCGAACUCAUCUAGAUUCGAACCUAUGCCGACUAGAAAUCUGGUCGGCGGUGGAACCGCACGAGAACUUCCAGUGGCAAACGCGACUAAUAACACGACCAUGCCACGAUGUCCUCUCAUCCCACCGAAUUUGGUUGGACCCAUGGUCGUCAGUAAAUCACCGCCACCGUUGUCCGAGAUGGAGAGGUCAUUCGUGGAGGUGAAUGCGGGCGGCAGGGGUCGACCCGCGGAUUGCGUCGCCAGGCACCGCGUAGCCAUAAUCAUUCCAUUCCGCGACCGACCGCAGCAUCUGCAGACCCUUCUCUACAAUCUGCAUCCGAUCCUACUGCGCCAGCAGAUUGAGUAUCAGAUCUUCGUGAUCGAGCAGGAAGGUACCGGAGCCUUUAAUCGAGCCAUGCUUAUGAACGUCGGCUAUGUGGAGGCUCUGAAAGAAAGAACUUUCGACUGUUUCAUCUUUCACGAUGUUGACCUACUUCCGGAGGACGAUAGGAAUUUAUAUACCUGUCCCGAACAGCCCAGGCACAUGUCGGUCGCGGUGGACAAAUUCAAGUACAGAUUACCUUAUACCGAUCUCUUUGGCGGCGUAUCCGCAAUGUCGCGCGAACACUUCCAAUUAGUAAACGGCUUCAGCAACGUCUUUUGGGGAUGGGGUGGCGAGGACGACGAUAUGGCGAAUCGUAUCAAGGCCCAUGGCCUGCAUAUCUCACGCUAUCCAGCGAAUGUCGCGCGCUACAAGAUGCUCACGCACAAGAAAGAGAAGGCCAAUCCGAAGAGGUACGAGUUCCUGAAAACAGGUAAAAAAAGAUUUUCCACUGACGGGCUAGCCAACCUGCAGUACGAGCUGAGUGACAAGCGGAAGCCAAAAUUGUACACGUGGCUCCUAGUGAGACUGACGCCGCCUCAGCCCAGCUGAUGGCUACCCUGGCUCGGUUGAAGGUUCCUACGCGCCAAGUUUACCCCUCGUAACAAGGUCAAUACAAUCGUUCGCGAGCAUGUCUCUGGAGUUGCCAUUCAUCGAUGGAAUAAGAUCAAGGACGAGAUUCAUUCGCGUGAAAUUUGUUUGUGAGAAAAACGUGAUGUCCUUCUCUUGAAAAUGUCGAUUCAUUGACGAGAAGACGAGGUUCCAAAUGUAUCGGCUACUUGUAUCCUUAAUUGAUCUAGCUACAGACGUUUAUAACACACCUGAUGCAUAGUACGAUUCGUCGAAAGUAAAAAAGUUCGAAUGAAUAAUGAAAAAGGUGAGAGCAAUGAAAAAUGUUUUGUAAAAUUUCGUAAUUUUUAAUUAAGGGAGAUGCCAUGUGACACAGAUACACAUACAUACACGCACACACGCACACACACACAUGGCCCCUCUAUACUUAGAAUCUUCAAUUGAUUCUACGCCAUCCAUUUUAUCGAAUAUUGAUCGCUUUGAUAUCUUUUCCAUUGAUUAAGAACUCGAGAAAAUUAAUAAAAUCGAGGAAAUGUCAUUUGUAUAUUGUAUUACUAAGGAAGAAAUGUAAAAUUAAAAAUUCCGGGAAGUUUAAUGUGUAGAAGAUAUGCAAAGAUCAAUGCUAGAACGCGUCAGUGCUGAGAGUUACGAAGAUGAGAAAGAUGCUUUCAUAUGAGAGUUGUCGAGUAUCUCGCCGUUGCGUAAGGGCCUCGCCCUCAGUUCACCCCUUCUCCCAUGGGAGGAGGAUGUUGUUACGUGAUAUAUUUUUAUUCCUCAUAUUUUUUUAUCGCGACAAUAGGUUAGAGAACGAGUAGAGAAUAGCAUACGAGCUGACGUGCCAAAGGAGAGAAUGUGUGUAUGUAUGUGUGCUACGAAAGAUAGUACGAAAGAAAAAGAGAGAGAGAGAGAAAAAAUACGAGGAAGAAGCCGACAGGAUAAGGGAGCUCCAGUAUCCUUCUUAAAGCCAAGCCACGAUAUUAUAUACACAAAGCAAACUAUCGUCGCUCGAGGGAACUUCGGAGAGCUUCCGCUUUUACGGUUUAUAUAUCCUAUCCACCGUUAGGCGAUUGUCAGUAAGUCUCGUUAGCGAACAAAAAAAGUAACCCGGACAAUGAACUGGGAAAUCGUACGAUUGUCUGUUAAUAAUAAUGAGUCAGCCAGUAAUUCGUUUUGAAUAUUAAUGCGAGAGUUAACAGAAAUGAUCUUCUGACUCUUCCGUGCUAACGAGGAACUACCGUACAAUUCUAAGAUAGAGUGGAUUAGAUUGCAUAAUGAAAGAAUAUACAAGCGGGAGGAUAAUGUCGCGGAUAAAAUUUCUUGUAGGCUAAUCAUGCAAGAAGUAACGCGAGAGGUUUCAAAUUACUUGUCAAGGUCAUAUGUCACUCGUUAAAUCUUGAUCCGAGCGCAUUCUAAAUUCUCAAGCUAAUUCGAGUUCUCAAGCUAAACUCGAGCUCUCGAAGCGCGAUUGGAGCUUAUUUUUUUACGGGACUAUAAAUUAUCGGUUGACUUCAUUCGUGAGGGAUUGAUUUCUCGGUCAAUAUGAGCGCGAGCGACUGUAUGAAAUAAAGAAAUGGUACUUAAUUGUUUGAUGAUGAGCGGGAAUACGCACACUUUGCUCGCGUAUACUUAGAUAUUGAAAUAGAGUUGCCUGUUUGCCUCAAGGUAAGAUAUAAGAAAUUCAACAUGGAAGAAAAGUACGAUUCUUCAAUAAGACUCGUAUUUUUCUCCCAAUAGAUAUGGAUUGAUCUUCAGGUUUAGUUGCAAUAUCUCAAAAAUACAGCAAUUUCUAAUUGACGUCAGAUAAAGAUUUCAUUUUAGUUUAAUGAGUUAUCUAUUUUCGUUUAAUUUAAAAAAAAAUUAGACUCGGAGAGAAACGAAGAAUCACUUAAAACAAGAAUAAACUUGAAACAGUAAUUGAGAAACUUUGAACACUUGGCUAAUAAAACAUGAAUUAUUUAAUUAAACCCGAUUAACAGUAAUAUUGAUAUUUGUACAGCUUGUCCCUAAAGUAAGCCUCUAAUUACAUACUUAUACAUUUCGAGGUAACGUGAAUAUAUACCUGCUGAAUGCGUGUGAUCGAAAUCCACUUGGAUAUACGCGAAAUGGUAGCGAGCGCAGUCAAGACUUAGGAUACACUAACAUAUCACGUCUUGUCAUAGAACGUAGUGAGACAUGUGCGAAGCUUCACGUUCAUAUGUGGACAAGCAUACUUAAGCAUUAGGCGCAAGCGAAAGCAUGGGCUGUGAAUAAUGCAUCUUUUUGCGGCUAAAAGGAUCACGAUGAGAGAAGACAAAUUCGUAAACGGUACAAUUAAUAUUCUUUUCCUUUCGCGUUACACAACCGAUCGCAAUCGAUCGAUACUUAUUCCUAUGAAAACUCUCUGAAUCCACUGCUAUCCGACUUAUUACUUCAUAUUUAGCGCUUCAUUAAGUAUUAAAAUUUUCAAUUGAACAUUGAUUUUAAUUUUUUAGCAAUAGCAAAAAAAAAUAUGUUUUCAUUUUUUUAGCUUUUUUUAGUGAU